AUGGAGCAAGCUACGUCGAUCUCGUCGUCCUCCCGUGAACCUGCGCCGGCGCCGGAUGAGAAUGAGACGGGGAUGGAGCAGGUUCUGGCGGAUCUGCAGGCGCUCAAGGGGCUCUACGGCCUGCUUCACAGGGGCCCCCAGCCAAAUGAAAAUUUGAACGAGGCAUCAAGAGAUAUGUUAAUGAAGAUGCUAGACAACGCUACUCAGCAGACUCUCCUAAGACAGGCAAAGUUGCUGUCAGGCCCCCUGAUGUCUGCUGCUCUUGAGAGGAAGCUCUCGAUCCAACCAGGCCGCCGGACAAGCGGCAAAGCCGAGCAUCAACUGAAGCCGAUCGCGUCGCCCAGCCCCAGCCUCUGCGCCAGCCAGAUGUCCCGGAGGCUGAAGCCGCAGGUCUCGGUGAGAAGCCGGGACGCCCGCAGCGUAUACGACGACCAUCGCCGCCGCGAGAGGGACGGUCGUCUCCUUGCUCGCGUCGACUCCGGCCGCUCGUCAAGAACCGCGAUGCCGCAGCUCCAUCAGAGGACUCCGGAGCCGCGCCUUUCCCGCCUCGCCUCCAACCGCUCAUCCAGGGUCGCCGAGCCACGGCUCCAUCCGAGCACUCCGGAGCAGCGCCUUCCCCGCGUCGCCUCCUACCGUUCGUCCAGGGUCGCCGAGCCACGGCUCCGUCGGAGCACUCCGGAGCAGCUCCUUUCCCGCGUCGCCUCCAACCGCUCGUCCAGGGUCGCCGAACCACGGCUCCGUCCGAGCACUCCGGAGCAGCGCCUUUCCCGCCUCGGCUCCAACCGUUCGUCCAGGGUCGCCGAGCCACGGCUCCGUCCGAGCACUCCGGAGCAGCACAUUUCCCGGGUUGCCUCCAACCGUUCGUCCGGGGUCGCCGAGCCACGGCGCGGUGUGUCGAGAGGUCGCGCUCCGCGCGCCGACCGUAGCGACAGGCAUAGCAGGCUGCGCGGGAGCUCUGGACGUGGUGAUCAUUCGUCGUCGCCGCCGUCGUCGUCCUCGCCAGAGCGGAGCAGCAGGCGCCGCUCCGUGUCCCGCGCCCCGUCGUCGCAUGGUCGCGCCACGGUGCGAGGAGUGGGAGCGUAUGGCUCCUCGACGCGUCGUUACAGCAGGAGGCUGGAGUCUGGGUUAUCCAUGGGCGUGAGGUCAUGCCGCGGCUCCGAGCGGGCCGGACGCGGCGCGGCCACGCCGAGGCAGUCGUCGUCGAGCAGCGGCGAGGCGGUCACGAUAAGCAGCCGCAUCAGGCCGACCCGGGAACUCACAGAGCGCCGCGUACACGAAUCUGAAGAAACAGGAGAACGGAGCCUUCGGCGGCGACAGAGGAAAGAAGGUGCCGUCGGUGGCAGCACCAGUAUGGGCUGGUCAAGCCGCCGGCCGCGGCGAGCGCUGGACCCAAUCACCUCCGGCAGCACGUACAGCAGCAGCUCGUCAGCUGCCGCUAGCCCGUCUCCCUCCACCAGCCCCACGGCGCCAACAUCAACAUCGGCCCCUUCAGCUUCUUCCUGCUCCUCGUCGGUGUCAGCGCCGCGGCGAGGCAGUGCGCUGCCGGAGCACGGAUUCAAGGAGGCGUCGAGCGCGUCAAGAAGUCGCCGGCGCCGGGAAAGGCAGGAGAGAAGGGAAGGGCGGCUACGAAUGUUCAAGGAGAAGCUCGCGCUGGUGUUCCACCACCGCCACGACCAUCACCACCACCACCACAUCGGUGGCGAGCGCUCCGGCAGCCCCGUGUCCAGACGCGAUCGCCGCGGCAACAACAGCAAGUCGCCGUGGAGCUACCUCGGUGGCCUCGGCGGCAUGUUCCACCGCAGCAUUGGCCACGCCGCAAAGAAAACCCACGACGCAAAGAAAAUCCACGACGCAAAGAAAAACAACGACGCAAAGAAAAACCAGGACGAAAAGAAAAAGACCACGAGCCGGACGGUGGUGCCGGUGCCGGCGCCGGCGAAGAAGCGCGGCGGGGGGCAAACGCACUCGCUGUUCGGCGCGCUGGUGAAGCACAAGUCGGGAACGCGGAAGGCACCAGCGCGAGCUCCGACGGCGCGCGCGGGUACCCAGAGCAGGAUGCAGGUCAAUAAGAUGCACUGGUGGCAACUGCUGAGGCAACAGCACGCCCGGGCACAGGGUAAGGGCAGGCCUCUUCGUCGUUUAGGACAAGGGAAAGCACCGUAG